CCAACUAUCAACCAAAACCUAACAUGACCGAGGUUUUAAACAACGAUUAUCGAGUCUGCGAAGAGAUCGGCCGAGGUCGAUUUGGGACCGUCUACCGGUGUUAUUCCAACGUCUCCGGCCACGCCUUUGCCUGUAAGACCAUCGACAAACGCCUCCUAUCUGAUCCCACCGAUCGUGACUGUCUUCAGAAAGAACCGAAAAUCCUUCACAUCCUUGGCGGAAACUCUCACAUCGUCCAGAUCCACCGGCUCUAUGAGGAAGAAAACUAUCUUCAUAUGGUUAUCGACCUAUGUGACACUCCAGAUCUUUUCGACCGUAUCUCUAAACGUGCCGGAGUGUUUUCUGAGUCGGAGGCGGCUUCUAUUUUCUCUCCGUUGAUUUUGUCGAUUAGUUAUUGUCAUCGUUUAGGUAUUGCGCAUCGGGAUAUCAAGCCGGACAAUGUUUUGUUUGAUUCCAGGGGGAAUUUGAAGCUGGCCGAUUUUGGAUCGGCUGAGUGGUUUGGGAUGAAUGAUCGGGGAACGAUGACCGGAAUAGUUGGGACGCCUUACUAUGUUGCGCCUGAGGUUUUAUCUGGGAGGGAGUAUAAUGAGAAGGUCGACGUUUGGAGUGCUGGUGUGAUUUUGUACAUAAUGUUGGCAGGCGUUCCUCCCUUUUACGGUGAAACACCAGCGGAGACUUUUGAGGCGGUUUUGCGAGGAAAUCUACGCUUUCCGACAAGGAUUUUUAGGUCUGUUUCGCCAGAAGCGAAAGAUCUGUUGAGGAAGAUGUUAUGCAAAGAUGUUUCUAGACGAUUCUCUGCGGAACAAGUCCUGAGACAUCCCUGGGUUGUAAGCGAAGGCCAAACUCGAUCCAUGGCGGAUCUAACCUGACUUCUUGAAGUCCUGGCUAUGAAAUCAACAAGGGUUUUUUCAUCUGUUGAUUUUUAAUCCCUGAUGAAUCAACAGACAGAAAGAGAGAGAGCGAAAGUUCAAUGAAUCUUUUGAAGUUGAGGAAGACUGCAUUUUCUUAGGGUUUUUUUUCUCUUUUUUUUUCUUUUUGGUUUAGAAAUCAAAGAUGGUUGUUUUUUCUUCUUCCACUAAUAUUCCUUGGAGAAAGGAAUGAAUCAUCUAAAGUAGUAAAAGUUUUUGUAAAUAUAGUGAAGAGAAGUUAGAAGAGGCAUAUGAUGAAUAAAGUGUCUGGUGUAAAUGUUGAUGGGAACACAGCAGAGAGAUGGAGCAUCCUCUGUUUUUCCUUGCAUGGUUUUUCUGGAUUUUGAAUAUGAAUAAAGUGAGCUAAAAUUCCUAUGUGAU